AUGGAGGGGGAGAGCAUUCUGUCUUCACUGGAUUUCUCCUCCUCGUUUGGUCUUUUUAACCUUGCUGUUGUUGUUGUUGUUGCAGGAGCAGGAGUGCAAGGAGGUGUCAUUAACCAUAACACCAGGUCUCAGAGUUCAACUCUGGAUGGAGCCACCACCACGAGCACCAGCACCACCACUGCAGCAGCAGGAGGAGGAUCUGAGGUUACUGCUGCUCCAGGGACCCUCAGUCAGGGCAAAUCGGUGGUUAUCAGCACGAUGGCAACUGCCUUGUCUACCAGGAAUGGCAAGAUUGGGACCACAACAGUGCAGACUUUGAAUGGGAGUAACGUGGUGAUGAACUCUCACCACACAGCAAGUGCUGCUUUCUCCGGGACUCCCACCACUGCUAACCCUGCUUCUGCACCUGCUGUUGCCCCUCUAGUUAACAAUGGACCCGGAUCUGUCGGAAAAGGAAAUACUGUUAAUGCUGUUUUGCCGUCAGCUUCCAACACUGUCAUCCAGACUUCUUUCCUCAAUACUGCUGUGUCGUCUGCAUCUUCCUCCUCGCCCACAGUUAUUUCCUCGCAGCCACCACAGACCGUUGGAAGUGGCGGG